AUGUCUCGACUAUCAGACUACCGUCUUCUGUGCUUCGAUGUAUACGGCACUCUCAUCGACUGGGAAGGUGGCAUCCUCGCCGCCUUGCAGCCGAUACUGGCGCGCACCAAUGCCCAUUUCUCGCCUGAGGAGCUCCUCAGAGUCUAUCACGAGUUUGAAAGUGAGCAGCAGCGUCUGACCCCAGACAUGCCCUACUCGCAGCUCCUCUCAGCUAUCCAUCCCCGUCUGGCCGAGCGCCUUGGCCUGGAUAUACCUAGCGAGGAAGAAAGCAGACAGUUCGGCGAAUCGGUGGGCAGCUGGCCUGCCUUCCCAGAUACAGUGGACGCACUCAAACGCCUCUCGAAGCACUACAAGCUCGUGGUCCUCUCGAACGUCGACCGGGCCUCUUUUGCACAAUCCAAUGCGGGCAGUCUACAAGCCUUCCCCUUCGAUCUGAUCAUCACGGCACAAGAUAUCGGCUCGUACAAGCCAGACCGGCGCAACUUCGAACAUAUGAUAAGGGCCGUGCAGGCCGACUUUGGCGUUGAGCCGAGCCAGAUCCUGCAGACAGCGCAGAGCCAGUUUCAUGAUCAUCAGCCUGCACGGAAGGUGGGGAUCAAGAGCGUGUGGAUUGAGAGGCCCGGGGCCAUCAUGGGGAACCAAGAUGAUCCCAUCUUUGAUUGGCACUUCGACACACUGGGGGAGAUGGCAAGUGCGCUGGAACAAGAAUGA